UCCAAUUAGUGUGAGCCACAAAGGAGGCCAUCAUUAUCUCUCAGCUGCAGCUUAUCAAACCAUUUAUUUGCUGCUUUUGAGACUUUGGUUUUAUUUUCGAUUUGGUUCAGAAGAAAUGAUGACAUUGUUUAUAAGUGUAAACGUGAUUUGUAUAAAUAUUUUUAUGCACAUACACAUAUUGCACAUAUAUCCUGUUUCCUGUCUGUCAAACUGUGAUAUCCAUCUUUGGGUUUUUUCAAGUGCUUAACUAAAGAGAUUUAGUCCAUUUGUGUGUUUGAAACAGAAGAACUGAUUUAAAAUGAGUUCCUCUCGAAGCUGUCUGAUGUGUUGACGCUACAUUGUGUCUUCCUUUAGGUUUCAGCCAUUUUACACCAGAAUGAUUCAAUUCUCAGAGGUGAACAACUCUAGAAACUGUAAAUGCUUGAAAAAUUCGAAUACCUUUAUAAGAAAGUUGCACAUUUCUCAAGUUUUAAAUAAUUUGUGUUGUUGAAAAGCAAACGCAGGUCCAUAAAAAGAGAAACGUUCAGGUCUUUGUCCUCAGUUUUAUCUCAGUGGUCAUGUUUUCUGACCUGUAGUCAGUCUUCAUCACCUGGUGUUGAACAGAACUGCAACGUUAUUGAAGAACUUUAUUUUAGAUAUUUACCUCUGCAACUUUUUAAUCAAGUAACAACAAACUUUAGCGCAUUAGUUUAAUUAUAUGACUGAAGUAGUGUACAGAAAAGAAAACAGUUUUCUAAAUGUUUGUGCAUGUACAUUUUGACCUAACUGGUAAACAACGUCCACCUGUAAGUAAUUUAAUCUGAGUGUAAAUCCAGCUGUUCUGUUUCUGCAGCGGACAGGUCAGGGAGGAGUUUAAAGGAUGUUAGGUUUUAAGCAGAGGCGGUCUGAGCCCGUUUGGUGCCUCAGGACUCAGAGCGCCAUCCGACUGCACCAAACUCCAGUUGUUUUGUGUAGAAAAUGUUAGAAGCAAAUCAAUUUCCUUCCACUUCACAGUUAUGCAAAUCAAACUUGAAACCAACACAAUUAUACUUUAUGUUGCUCUAUCACUUAAAACCUGAAUAAAACAAAAAAAAAUGUUGUAAUGUGAUGAGGCUCUGUAAAAUCUGUAAACAUCACCAUAUUCAUGAGGAAUGGCUGUUUACUGAAGCAUAAAGUUUUUAUUCUGUCCGUACCCUGGACAUGCAUUCUGCUCAGAAUACAUGAUUCAGCUCUUCAGCAGCUUCUCCUGCAGCCGUGUGAAGGUAAAACAUCACAAAGCCUCAGAGCAGAGGCUCAGUGUUUAAACCAUCUCCGAGUCGGAGAUUUAAACUUUUCUUUAUAGAUAGAAGGAGGUGAGACGUUCGUCCUGCAGCUCCGGGGACAAACCGACCCACUCCCGUUCAAAAUAUUUUGUCUCUGUGCGUAAAAUGCUGCGUCCUGGCGCGGAGGAUCUCUGGGAAAGAGCUCCGUGUCGGUGGAGCUUCCUUCACGCCCCGCUGCUGUGGGUCGGUGCUGAGCAGGAGUGGCAUCUCGGCGACAAAAUCCCGCUGAAAGAGCGUCCUUUAGAGCUCAGGCAUGCAUGAAGCUGUGAGCUCACUGGCGUUAUAAAUAUCCCCAGCAGAAGCACCGCGGCCGGGGUAAUGCCCACCCGCGCCGCACGCCUGUGCGCGCAAACCUUCUGGGUUCUUGACCUCGCCACUGGAUCGGUUAAAAUGCGAAACGCGGCGUGGUGAGAGUCUCCUGCUGGGAAGAAUGAAUGUUCCUCUCUGCCUUCUGACCUUCGCUCACUGGAUUUGCGCGGCGGCCGCAGCGCAGCGCGCCUCUUUGCUCCUUCAGGAGGGGAUCAGCUCGGGACGCAGGACCUGCAGGCUCUACUGCAGGGUUGGCAUCGGCUUCCACCUCCAGAUUCAUCCCGACGGCAGAGUGAACGGCAGCCAUGAGCCCAACCAGCUGAGUGUUCUGGAGCUGAUUGCGAUUUCUCAGGGCGUCAUCGGCAUCAGAGGGGUUUACAGCAACAGAUUCCUGGCCAUGAAUAAAAGAGGACGGCUUCACGCCACCGAAUGGUUCUCAGACGACUGCAAGUUCAGGGAACGUUUCCAGGAGAACAGCUACAACACCUACGCCUCUGUAAUCCACAGGAACCAGAGGACGGGUCGGGAGUGGUAUGUUGCCCUCAAUAAGCGGGGGAAAGCUAAAAUGGGCUCCAGUCCGCGGGUCAAAUCCCAGCACGUCUCCACCCACUUCCUACCCAGGGCCAGCCUGCAUGACUUUACCCAGAAAGGCUUCACCAUCACGGAGCGGAGCAAAGAGAGGAGGAAACCACCGUCGCCCCCCAGGCCUCCGGCCGUGAUCCCGAAUGUCCAGAGACACAGACAGGUCAAAUACUGGCCCAAGUUCAGGUUCGGAUAAGUUUGCAAAGGAGGGACCGGAAUAAUAAACUUUAAACAAACUGGACAAAAGUCAUUUCUGAUGCUCACAUCAUUCCAGGAUUCUGUAGCAUGGAAAACAAUCCCAAAGGGCUUCCAGGAACACUCAACUCAACCUGACGCUAGGAUCUGUGGUGACGGCGGGACGUUUUCUCUGACGCUCGGAUCUGUGGUGAC